GCAGCUAGAUAGGAAGACUGCAAAACACAGCCGAAGGGAAAGGGCACACGCCUCUGGCUCCCCCUGACAUGCAGAGAGUUUCACAGCCCGUCCAGGACCACGUCCCGGCCCCGCAGCCCCCCGCCCAGCCCUCCAGACCUCCGUCAGGCCAGCUCCCGCUGAGGAACAACGGCAACCUCUGCAAGUUCGAGGACCAGGUCCUCUGUCCCAUUUGCCUGGAGGUGUUCCGCAGCCCGGUCACCACCGCCUGCGGCCACAACUUCUGCAUGACCUGCCUCCAGGGGUUCUGGGACCACCAGGCGGCCGUGGGCGAGACCCUCUACUGCCCCCAGUGCCGAGAGAGCUUCGCCUCCAGGCCGCGCCUCUGCAAGAACGUCACCCUGGAGGAGAUGGUGACCUGCUUCACCCAGGCCAAGAGCCCGCCCUCGGCGGCGUCCGCCUGGAAGCUGGCCGGGCCCCGGGACGUGCCCUGCGACUUCUGCGGCCCCCAGAAGCGCAGGGCCGUCAAGUCGUGCCUGCAGUGCAUGGGCUCCCUGUGCGAGAAGCACCUGCGCAGCCACUCGGAGGACCAGGUGUUCCGGGACCACCAGCUCCUGGAGCCCCUGUGGGACUUCAAGAGCUGCCUGUGCCGGAAGCACCGCAAGCUGCGCGGGCUGUACUGCCGCACGGAGGGCUGCUGCGUGUGCGGGACCUGCCUGCUGGAGGAGCACCGGAACCACGACACCAUCCCCCUGCAGGAGGAGCGCGCCCGCAGGGAGGUCGAGUUGCGGCAAGUCCAGGCCAACGUGGAGAACCAAAUGCUGAUGAUCACCUCCGACAGCCAGAAGCACCGCGAGCAGGUGGCCUUCCUCCUGAAACUGAUCCAGACAAUGCGAGAUGAGGUGCACUCCUGCUUCUCGGGGAUCAUCCAGGAAGUCAAACAGCUGCAGAUGAAGGUCUUGGAUUUUGUGGACAAAGAGGAGGCCGCCGCCCUGGAGAAGCUGGGCAGCUCCAUCCAGCAGAGCCACAACUGGCUCCUGAAGCUGGAGGCGGACAGCAUCUGGCUGCGCACGCUGCUCACCAACCCGAGCGACCAGCAGUUUCUGCAGGAGUUCCCCAGGCUCAAGAACUUCCAAGACUGCAUGGAACCCCUAAUGGGCACCAGCUGGGAGGAGAAGCAGAGCUUCCUGCAGCUGCCCCAGACCCUGGCGGAGCUCCGGAGCCGGCUGGUGGGCAUGGGGCUCGGCUUCGUCAACCAGCUCCUGCUGCAGGGCAUUAAAAUGAACUCCUACGAGGUGCUGCCCACCACCAUGGACAGGAAGACACUUCUCAAGAGUUACUGCAACCUGAAAUUCGACCCCGCCUCGGCCAGCGAGGAGCUCUUCCUGUUCAAGGAGACGCACUCGGUGCUGAACCUGGGGGUCCUCCUGGAGCCCUUCCCGGCCGGCGGCCCCCUGCCCGGCUUCAAGCAGUGGCCGCAGGUGCUGUGCUCGCGCGGCCUGGCCGAGGGCCGCCACUACUGGGAGGCCGAGGUGUCCAACUCGUGGGUGUGCCUGGGCGUCACCUACCGCCGCAGCCCCCCGCCCAGCGGCCGCCCGCGCGGCAGCAUCGUCUACCUGCUGGGCCGCAACCCCGACUCGUGGUGCCUGGAGUGGGACUCGCUGCGCUUCUCCGUGUGGCACAACAACACGCAGACGGUGCUGCAGGGCGGCUACCACCGCACGCUCGGCGUGGCGCUCGACUGCGGCGCCGGCUGCCUGUCCUUCUACGGCGUGGCGGGCGGCGUCAGCCUCCUCUACCGCUUCCUCGCCUCCUUCCUGGAGCCGCUCUACCCCGCCGUCAUGGUCAGCAGCGGCGCCCUGGUCACGCUCAAGCAGGUGUAGGCGGCGGCGAAUAAAGCUGGACUCCAGCGCUGGCCGGCCCCGCGGGGUCCCCUGGCUGGGGGUUGAGGGUGGGCAGCGAACUGGUCCACCCAGCCGAGCUGAGUAGUGACGACAGACUGGCUUGCAAAACCUACAAUCUGCCAUUUGGCCCUUUAUA